AUGAGUAACAAUCCGUUUGGCGAUGACUUGCCUGUGAGUGGGCUUGGUGCACAGCAACAGCAACAACAGCCCCAAUUCGGCGCUAGUCAGCAGCAAAGGCAGAUUGAACACACUCAAGCCCAGAGUAUUCCCGGACAGGGCUUUAUGGGUCAGGGCAACCCCUAUCAAGUACCUCAGAAUAGCUAUGCGUCCCCUCAAUACGGGAGUCCUGCCAACGGCAUGAACACGUACCAAAAUCAGACGCAGCCUCAGGGGCAGACGCAGGGAUACCAACACAGACCCAGUUAUGUGCACGAUCAGCAGCUUAUCAACACGACGCACGCUAAAGGCGAUAUGAUUGUGGGUUCGCUCGACCAUGAACACAGAGGAUCUCUAUUCAUGCCCAAUAUGGGCGCAACACAGCAACCGGGUCCAUACGCUCCCUUUGGUAACCAGGGGCAACAACAACAGCCCAAUAUGAACAUGGGCAUGGGCAUGCAACAACAGCCCCCGCCACAGGCGGGUACUAAUUCUAUGGAUCAGCUCAUGAAGUCACUUGCUGCCAUGAAAACGGGCCGAGACUCGAUGUCCAAUGCUGCUAUGCCGGUCUCCUUCGAUCCCCUUAUGGAAGUGCCCAGUACCCAGCAGGCACCUGCUGCACAAAACAACGAUCCAUUCGCAUCCUUUGCAGGACAGGGAAACAACCAGCAACAACCAUCGGCUGACCCGUUCGGAAGCACAUCCCACACACCAGCAUCUGCACAAAACAGUGGACUGCAGUACAACCACAACCCUGCGUCAUCGACAAAUAGAGGCAUACAGUUCAACAACCAGCCUAUCACGGAGGACUUCCCUGACCCCUUCACGCCAACCCCUUCAGCUGGUAACCUCUCAGGCACACCUCAAAACCGUGACGCGGACCCGUUCGCGCCUGCACUGGCUCAACAAAUGAAGCCGAAGGUCGGCACCAUCAAAGAGGAUGACACAAAACUCGAGCGCAAGAGAAGUGAACCCAUGACCAAGGACGAGCCCGUGUCCAAAGAGCUGGAUGAUGUAAGCGGCCUCACAAAGUCCGACAUGGACCGGUUGGUGCGCGAGUGUACGUUUCAUACGGGCUACAGGGGUUUCACACUGGAUGGAGUGCACACGAAGAGGAGCGUCAAGGGCAAGUAUUCCGUUAAGAUUGGGUGGCGGACAGCCAUCAAGAUAUGUGGUGACAGCACGGGCAUUAUCAUUGUGUCGCAUGACCGGCAAAGUAUAUUGCACCAUUUCAAGUGGAAGGAUAUCCAAAUGGUCGACCACGUACACAAGGAUACGCUGAGCACACCUCUGGAUAAGCGCAGUCGCAAGAACUUUCUGGGCGUGAAGCUGAAAGACGGAUCUGUAUACGUCAUCAACAGCCAGUUCACACCGGAAUUGAAGCGAUCCUUCAUGGAGAAGGCCAACGUACCCGUCAACAACAGAUAG